GGCUCAAGUUGGGCAGCUAUGACUUCGGCCUCGUCGGAGCUAAGCCAACAACUGCGAGCAGGCUCCGGCCGGCGCCGCGCUCCCGCGCCGGCACCCAGCACCCAGAGCCCGGAAGAUGUGGUGCGGAUGCUGCUUCUGGCGGCGCCUGAUGCCGGGCGGCCGCCUCCAGAGAUUGUUGGGGCUGCAUUGAAGGCAGCGGGGGUCCAAGCCAAUGACCAGAACUUGAUCAGGGCUCUGCAGGAGGCUGCUGGCGCCAGGGGUGGCAACCCAAGCCGUGAGGACCUGCUGCGCGCGCGGUCCGGGGCGCAGGAGUACAUCGUCCCAGCGCGAGAACCGGACAGCGGCAGUGAGGGGUCCCUGCCGGAGCGGCCCAUGCCGGAGAUCAAAUACCAGUCUCCAUCGACGCCUGCAAUUACGUUCAACAACGCGCUGGCACAGAUGAAGAAAAAGCCGAUUCAGGCCAUGCGCUUGCUCGAGAGCAUGCGUGCCAGUAUGCCGGAUGUGGCAGCGCUACGCGGCAGCUUCACUUUGCCGACCAGCGCGGAGGAUGUGGUGAAGACACUCUGCCAGGUGGCGCCAGAUGCUGGGCGGCCGCCUCCGGAGGUGGUGGGUGCCGCGCUGAAGGCGGCGGGCCUUCCGGCCACGGAGGAGAACCUGCAGAAGGCGCUUCAAGAAGCCUUUGCCCGAACGCCGAGCAAGGAGGAGAUAAUGACAGCCAAACUGGCUGCCGAGCAAUACAGCACGGUGCCUUCAGGAGGCUAUGUGGAGGCAGAUCUGGCAACUGGCGCUUCCUCCUCGCCAAUGCCUCUGCGUGCACGAAAUAACGAUGUCAAGCCGGAGGACAUCAUAGAGGCGCUGCUGCAGGCGGCGCCGGGCUUAGGGCAGCCUCCGCCGGAGGUGGUGGGCAUGGCGCUGCGCCAGGCCGGCGUGGCAGUCACCGAGGAGACAGUGGUCCGGGCGCUACGGGCUGCUGGUGACGACCAUCCCUCGACCAACUCAAUCCGCAUCGCGUGGGCGGCCGCGCAGGAUGAGGAAUGAGGCCUCGGAGUAUUCCACACAGGCUUUGCCAGGAUGUUAGCUCUGGAAGGCUUGAGUGGAGC